UGUUAUACACCAUCGUCAGAAUCCUAUAGUAACUACUGAUGUUAGUACCACUGCACUUAUUGUUUUUAACCAUACAAAAUUGUAUUUAGUAAUUAAACAGUAACAUGUAUACUGUCUUUCAAUACAUACCUGAUAAUAUAAUUCACAAUAUAGACGAAAUGCUUCAAAGUAGCACCGCCUUCUUCAGGCGCCACUGGAGGAACAUACGGCCUCCAUCUUCAGGGUAGAAGAUAGAGGCAUUGCAUUCCCCCGAACUGCUAGUAAAUGUCUACCAGAUAAGACAGCAACUUGUCCUAAAAGACAGUAAUUUUCAAGAGUAGUCCUUAGUAUGAAAAUGAGGAAAGAAAGUAAGUGGAUAAUAGAAGACACCAAACAGAGCAACUUUCACAUAGAAGAAACAAAUUCUAACAGAGUGUCUGGUGAAGAGGGAGAGAAGAGCAGCUCAAAGAGAAAGAGGAAAAGUAAGUGGCUGGAAGGAGGAAGGAGUAAUGAUAUUGAACAAGAAUCAGAACCAAAGAAAAAGAAGAAACACAAAACAAAGAAAGCAAAAAACAUGCAAGCAAUACAGAAUUCAGAUGGAAACAAAGAAAAAUGUAUCAGGUAUCUGAAAAGAUGGCACGAAGACAGACAGAACUGGAAGUUUGAAAAAUUAAGACAGAUAUGGUUGUUCCAAAAUAUGCUCAAUCCUUUAAAGGUUCCAGAUUCAAGCUUCCAAAUUCUAGUGGACUACAUAUCUGGUAGUCGAGGAUAUGCAAGGCAGAUGGUAGUGGAGAAGACCAUGAAAGUGAUAAAAGCAGUAGAACUGUGGUCAAAAUUAUCAGAAGAAGGUCUGAAAGAGGAGGACAUAGCUAAGCAAGUUCCUGAUGAAAAGGUUCCAGAAGUGGUAUAUGAACGAGCAAGAUCAAUUCUUCAAUCUCUGGAUGAUGUGUAAUAAGAGGGUCUUCUUAAUAAAAGCAUUUCUGUACAAAUGGCA